AACCACAUCACAGCACACCACACCAACCGCGCGCCACUGAUUCAUCAACUCCGCUCCACUAGCUAGGUACCUUCCGACCGAGCAGCCAGAGAGAUGGAGAGGAUGGUGAUGAGGCUGAUGAGGAACAAGAACCAGUCCCUCCGCCAGCUGCAAGGGGCCGCCGCCGGCGGGCUAGCGUCGUCGUCCUCCGCCCCCUCGACUGCCGGCGCCGCCGCGUCUCCCUUCUCCACCCUGCAGCAGCAGGAGGACCAUCCCGCUCCCGGGGUGCUCAACAUCCGGGACACCGCCGCCCACCUCAUCGGGCGGACGCCGCUGGUGUACCUCAACAGGGUGACGGAGGGGUGCGGCGCCCGCGUCGCCGCCAAGCUCGAGUUCCUGCAGCCUUCCUUCAGCGUUAAGGACAGGCCAGCAAUCUCCAUGAUCGAAGAUGCGGAGAAGAAGGGGCUGAUAACCCCAGGCAAGACGACGCUGAUCGAGCCUACAUCCGGGAACAUGGGCAUCGGCCUGGCGUUCAUGGCUGCACUCAAAGGGUACGAGCUCGUGCUGACGAUGCCAUCAUACACCAGCCUCGAGAGGAGGGUGGUCAUGAAGGCCUUCGGUGCGCAGCUCGUACUCACUGACCCGGCGAAGGGGAUGGGAGGCACCGUCAGGAAGGCAACCCAGCUCUAUGAGAACCAUCCCAGCGCCUUCAUGCUCCAGCAGUUCGAGAAUCCCGCCAACGUCCAGGUGCACUACGAGACCACCGGUCCGGAGAUAUGGGAGGACACGCUCGGGCAGGUCGACAUCUUCGUCAUGGGAAUCGGCAGCGGCGGCACCGUCACCGGCGUCGGCAAGUACCUCAAGGAGAAGAACCCCAACGCAAAGAUCUAUGGGGUUGAACCUGCCGAGGCAAAUGUACUGAAUGGUGGCAAGCCAGGGCCUCACCUCAUCACUGGAAAUGGAGUUGGAUUUAAGCCAGAUAUUUUGGACAUGGAUAUCAUGGAGAAGGUUCUGGAGGUGAAAGGCGAGGACGCCGUUAAGAUGGCGAAGCAGUUGGCACUGCAGGAGGGCCUGCUGGUAAGUAAAAAAAUUAACUGCUCCCUAAGAAAAAGAAAAGGAAUGGUUAUAUUGACUCAUGUGAAACUGGACUGGUUACAUCAAAAUUGUGCUGAAAUUGCUACAUUUUCUCAGGUGGGGAUAUCAUCAGGAGCCAACACAGUGGCAGCGAUCGAACUCGCAAAGAGGCCAGAAAACAAGGGGAAGCUCAUCGUGACUGUUCAUCCGAGCGCAGGAGAGCGAUACUUAUCGUCGGCGCUAUUCGAGGGUCUGAGGAAGGAGGCUGAGGCAAUGCAGCCAGUGCCAGUGGACUAACUUGGAGCUAUACAGCGCAUGUAGAAUAAAUUCACUGCAACCAUGUUGCAAGUGCUAGUCAUACCUCAUUGCGAUUCUUCAGUUUGUUCAUCAUGUGUACCUCUGUAAACAAUGGUUGAAAUGGUUGAAAAAAGGAAUUAUCUCUCUGGAGAUCUAUGAUGUA